UGAACAAGCGGUGCUCGGCGUAACAAAGCGAUUGCCAGUGUCCCCUGUGGUCCCCUGAUCCUAUCCGUGGUCGCCCCGCUAAAAUGCUGGAACGAAAGCUAACCAUCCUGUACGGCAGCCAGUCGGGGACGGCGCAGGACCUGGCGGAGCAGAUCUGGCGUGAAUCGAAAAUGUACCACUUCCGCGGAAACGUCCUUCCGAUGGACGAGUACGACGUAUCGGAGCUGAUCAGCGAACGAUUCGUGGUCUGUGUUUGUUCCACCUACGGUCAGGGCGAGGAGCCCGACAACAUGAAGCGAUUCUGGAAGUUCCUUUUGCGCAAAAGUCUGCCGACGGAUUCCCUGCGCCAGGUACAUUUCGGUGUGCUGGGAUUGGGCGAUUCGCGCUAUCCAAAGUUCAACUACGUCGCUAAGAAGCUACACAAGCGGUUGGUGCAGCUCGGUGGCACCUCACUGCUGCCCGUCGGACUCUGUGACGAUCAACAUGAUCUCGGAUACGGGGCCGUGUUUCUGCCAUGGAUCAGCCAACUAUGGGAAGAACUGGGCCGGAUCGUUCCCCUACCCGCUGGAUUAUACAAACUGAACGAAAGCCCCCGAGAGUACCGCUGGGCGGUGGACAUCCUGUCGGCAACCGGUGACGAUCGGAUCGGAAGCUGGCCCACUCGUUACGAUCUGUACGCCGAGUUGCAGAUGCCGAACGGAUUUCAGACGAUGGUACGCGAGAAUCGACGUACCACGGCCCCGGACCACUUUCAGGAUGUACGGCUUGUAACGUUCGAAAAGAAUCCCUCAGUCGGAUGGUCCCCCGGAGAUGUUCUAUACGUACGACCCCGCAACUCGCCCGAAAGUUUGGACCGAUUGUUCGAACUAUUCCAGGAGCAUGGCAUCAAUCUGCAACGCGACACCGUGGUACACGUGAAAGCAAUCGAUUCUGAAAUGCCCGUUCCGACGAUAUUACGGAAACCACUUCCGCUCGGUGUUAUUGCCGAACAAUUCUGGGACCUCACGGCUAUACCGAGGGCACGAGCGUUUGCGGUUCUAGCCAAGUGCUGCGACAACGAACUGGAGCACGAAAAGCUGACGGAAUUCAGCAGCAUCGAGGGCCAGGAGGAAUUAUUUUCUUACGCCAACCGACCGAGACGAACCGUCGUGGAAGUGCUGCAGGAUUUCCCGCACGCAACGAGAGCCCUCUCGCUGGAGGCCAUGUUCGAGCUAUUUCAACCGAUUAAACCCAGAGCAUUUUCGAUAGCGUCCGCCGUCGCCAGCAACACGCUACAAAUUCUGGUCGCCAUCAUUGAAUACAAGACCAAGCUGAGUGUCCCUCGAAGGGGGCUGUGUUCGCACUGGUUGAAACGGUUAGCGCCGGGCGAUGUGAUCGGCGCAUGGGUGCGGAAGAGCACCUUCGAGCUACCGGCGGAUAAGACGAUUCCACUCGUGAUGAUUGGUCCCGGUACGGGGCUGGCACCGUUCCGAGGUAUUCUGCAGGAGCGUGAACUUUCCGAAACACCGACCGCGGGACCGUUGGUGCUGUUCUUUGGUUGUCGCAGUGCGACCGCCGACUUUCACUGCGAGGAAGAUCUCAAACGCAUGGAACAGAAUGGAAUGCUAAAGCUGUUUUGUGCCUUUUCACGCGAUCAGCCAGACAAAGUGUACGUACAGCAUCUGAUACGGAAGGAAGGGUUGCUGCUUAAACGGCUGCUCAUUGAGCUCGGUGGCUGGGUGCUGGUUUCGGGAAGCUCCAAGAACAUGCCCGAAGCAGUGAAGGAAGCAUUAAUAGAAGCGAUCGGUGGUGAUGCAGGGUACAUCGAGGAGAUGGUGAAAAGCAAUCGGUAUCAGGAGGAAACUUGGACUGCCCGCAUCUCGGCGUCGAUCGUUGGCAUCUUUGUCGUCGCAGGCGUAAGCGAGAAUGUACUGUUUCGGAUGCCAGGCAACGGUAAAGGUGGCCGCAUCGACCGAAUCAUUUUUAAGCUCCCAGCAACCACUAUGGCGUCGUACGAUAAUCAGAACCUUCUUGCCGGAGGCCGUACAAACGGAAACAUUAGCGUGGUUAGCAGCAGCAGUAGAGGAGGAGGAGGAGGAGGAGCAAAUAGCAAUGUCGAAGCCGAAAAGUCGCCGUUUUUGGAAAAAUCAGAACCCGUUCGGCUUACGCCGGCCUGGGAAGAGAACAAUUUGCCAAACGAUGAGCUCAACUUCAAAGGGUUGACGAUGGAGCGGGCAAAGAUGCAGGUGAAUCCGCCACGCGAUAAAAUGAUGCUCGUAUUCAUAGUCCUCAUGAUACACGGCAUCGGUACCCUAAUGCCCUGGAAUAUGUUUAUCACUGCCAAAACUUAUUUUGUAGACUACAAGCUAGGUGAAAACUACACUGGAUCCACCGAAGGUUCGCAAUAUGGCACCUACUUUCUUUCGUCGCUAGGCUUUGCCGCUCAAAUUCCUAAUCUCAUCUUCAAUUGGCUCAACAUUUUCGUGAACCUUGGUGGUAAUCUGACUAAACGUAUAGUUUUAAGUAUAAUGGUAGAAGUACUAGCCUUCAUCGUGACCGUUAUCCUUGCAAUGAUGAACUCCUCCGAAUGGCCGGGCACUUUCUUCUGGAUCACGAUGACCACGGUUGUGAUAUUGAACAUGGCCAGUGGUAUUUAUCAGAACUCGGUGUACGGUAUGGCUGCUAAGCUACCGUUCAAGUACACAGGAGCCGUGGUAUUGGGAUCGAACGUCAGUGGUACGUUUACAUCAAUCAUUCUUCUGCUUAGCUCAGAGUUCAGUUCCUCGGCACGGACGGCCGCCAUCUAUUACUUCAUCACCGCCAUGUUCUUCCUGCUGUUAUGCUUCGAUACUUACUUUGCGCUACCGUUGAAUAAAUACUAUCGCUACCAUGAGCUGAUGAAGGAAAAGGAAAUGGAAACGAACCAACGAAUGAACCCUAGCCAACGGCCACCAUACUGGACCAUCUUCAAGCAGGCCUUUCCACAGCUGUUCAACGUAUUCUUCGUUUUCUUCGUGACGCUAUCCAUCUUUCCGGCGGUACACUCCGACGUUAAACGGGUGGAUAAUAAUUUCUUAGUGCCGGAAAAACAUUUCGCCGGCAUUUGUUGCUUUUUGACGUUCAACCUUUGCGCAAUGCUGGGUAGUUUGGCUACAUCUUGGGUGCAAUGGCCCAAACCUAAGUAUCUUGUGUGGCCGGUUGUGCUGCGUCUGGUCUUUCUGCCUUUGUUCCUGUUCUGUAACUACCAGCCACUCAACAUUACACGGGUGCUACCGGUGUAUAUCAGCAAUGACUGGGUGUUCUGGGGUCUCGGUAUCGUGAUGUCGUUCUCUUCUGGCUAUCUCAGCUCGCUCGGCAUGAUGUACGCUCCCCAAUCAGUUGAACCACGAUACGCGAUGACGGCUGGUAUGUUCGCUGCCGCCAUGCUCAUCACCGGCAUUUUCACCGGGCUACUCUUUACCCGACUUUGCCCAAUGUUCGUCCAGCACAACUUCCUCGAUUGGCUAAACUAGGCCCGGCGUUGGGGGAUGGACGUGUACGAUGACUAUUUUUCCUCGUAAACGGCACCGUACCAUUCCCGAAUGUCGUCAGUCGAUUGUCGUGUGUCGAUUGGCUUUGUGGCCAUUUCGCAGGAAUUUUGUGGCUGUUUGUGGGGAAGAGGGUUAAGGGGUUUCUUACAGCAUGGCUCAAAGUGUGUCCGAACCUUAUCAUAUCACACGGAAUGCUGAUGCAAAGGUUACAUGCAACAUGCAGUCCGGUGGGAACCGGUGCGUACCUGGCGUAGCUGAUCGAAACCCGUUAGCAGCACAAACUAUUGCUAAAAAUCUCUCAAAAGAUAUAAAAAAAACAAAAUGUUUUCUCUUUCCCUUUGGUUUUUGUAGUGUUAGUCUUUUUUCAUUUGAUUUGAUAUAUUUGAUAUCAGUACGUUUAUGUUUGCUUUCACCUACGGUAAGUGAUGGAGAUGACGGAUUAAAACAAAGUUCUGCAUUCAAAUUUCAAAUCCUCAGGAACAUUUUGUUUCCUUAUAUUGCCAUCUUCGAUGUUGUACGCGGAGUGUGUCUUUAUCUUAACGCUUGACUUGCUCGUCAAUGACGUUGUUAGAUGACUAGUUAUUAGCAUUUUGAUCACACUUCUAUAAAAUGAAGGAAUCUAUAAAAUCUUUAAAUUUCACUUCAUCUACUACAGAGCGCCACCAAGUGUGUCAUUCUUGUCUUUCACUCAUUUUAUUAUCAUUUUGCUUUCAUUCAUUUAGUCUAGUUAAGCUGCCAGAGUUCAUCUCAUGUUAAGAAUAGAUACCAAACGAAAAAUCCAGUCAAAAAUAAAGCUCGGCGACGCGCUUACACUCUCAUCUCA